CGAUAGUGUUGUGAUAAUAUUGUUUUGGUCUGUGAUCGGUGUGAGCGUUACUUGAAGAGUAGGUAGGAAAAGUGUCCCCGUCUAACGGCUAAAGGGUAGCCAAAGCAACUUUAAGCUUACGACAGACCACUUAACAGCGGCGCAGCAAUAUGGGUGUCGGCCAGGACAGUAGUCUGGAGGAAGGAGCCGCACGGUUGAAGGACUGGCUAUCGACACAGCCUCAUCUGCCACAAAAUAUUCAUCCGAUGCUGCUCCAGCGGUAUGUCCAUUCGACCGGUGGCGAUCUGGAGUACGCGAAGAAAAUCUUCAUCCUCGGCUACACUAUCCGGCAGAACAAUCCGCACAUCUUCGAAGACCGUGAUCCGCUCGGUAGCAAUGUGACGGCCAUCCUGAAGGCAAUCGAUAUGGUGCCUCUGCCGCCGGUAGAAGGAUGCGAUGACAAGUACAUCUUCUACCGCCUAGUGGACUGUGAUCCGGAUAAGUUCGAUUUUAAUGACGUCAUCAAGACGUUCUUCAUCAUCGCCGAUCUGCGUAUGAUCCAACCCGACGUGCCGAUGAACGAUGGAGGAGACGUGCCGAUCUUCGAUAUGAACGGCUUUACUUUGCGCCACUUGACGAAGGUCGUCCUGUCGACAUUGCGUGUGUAUAUGCGGUACACCCAGGAAGCUCACCCGGUGCGCUUGAAGGCGAUUCAUGUGAUCAACUGCACCCCGUUUCUGGAUCGUGUGAUGUGCCUCGUGAAGCCGUUCAUGAAAAAACGUGUCGCCGAAAUGCUUCACUUCCACCUGCCAAACUCGGACACAAUUUAUGCGCACUUUCCGAAGGCCGCUCUCCCCGACGAGUACGGUGGCCAGCAGUCGAUCGUGAAGCACAAGGAAGAUUGGUUCAAUCGCAUCAAGCUGCAGCGGGAUUACCUUACCGAUGGGACCAGAUGGAAAAUCGAUGAGUCGCGCCGGAGUGCCGGUAAUGACCUUUGUGGAACGCUGCGGAAGCUGGAGAUUGAUUGAACUCGAAUGAAUGUGA